CAGUUUACACUCUACUCCAUAGUUAAUACUUUAAAUUAUUAUGUUAUUAUUUAUUAAUUUAUUAUUAGUUUAAUGUGGCUAUUUUGUCGUUUGUUAGAAUGUCUGAUAACUCUCGUCAUCACUCGCAGUUUUCGCACUACUUUGUACUUUGUGUCUGCGUACUGUGAUUUAUUUUAUUCUGUGAUUGUGUCCUAGCAGUGUAUGGUGUACGACACCAAGAUCAGCCUCACACUAAAAUUUAAAUUGAUAUUUCAUUAUGUCAAACGCAAAAGAAAAUGUUUUUUUUUUUAUAUUUGUAAGAUACAGUUCGAUAAAAAAAAAUGCACCCAUGGUUGCUAUUAUGCCUAACGUAUGGGUACAAAAUUGCAGCAACAUGAAUUUUUGUUUUUGGCCACCACAAAAAUUUCAAGUAUUAAAAAUGAUAAAAUUGGCUGUUUUAACAGACAAAGAAACAUGGUUUCAAUAUCCUUGUGAAAUAUUUAAAACAUUUGGAACAUAUGAGGAAGCUAGAGUAAAUUACCAAAAUAUGACAAUAAUGAUGAUUCUGAAAGCUCGAAUAUUGAAAACCGGGAUUUUGUUAGUUCAACAGAUAACCAAUAAAUUAUUAACAAAAUUAAUCAUGAGCAAUGGAGAAUCUAAACGCCAAUCAACAAUCAGACAAAAAUGUUCUGAACAUUUCAUUCUACCUGCUAAAUCUAAAUCUGAAGUGUGUGAUAUUGAAAAAAAAUUGCAAUUGUCUGCUUCACGACAACUAAUGAUUAGUAGAUUACAGCAAUGUGGGGGAAGAUCGCUGAAUGACACAGAAUUUGUAUUAAGAACAUUAUUAACAGACCAUUGCACAUCUAACUACAACUUUGAAGGUCGAAACUCUGGAAAACGCUUUAAAGAUUUGAUAAUGUUUAGAAUUGUACUUGAUGUAACUAUGGUGAAACAUCCAACAGGAUCCAAAGAUGUGGUUAGAUGCAGAAUUAAAAAUUGGUUACGCUUAGCACCAUCCCGGGACAAAUAUAAAAAUAAUAAAUGAUAAUAUUAAGUGGUAUCGUGGUUGGUAGGUAGUGUAUAUAGUGUAUUAUUAUAAUUUAUAAUUUGUUACAGUUUUUUUUUUUUAAUUUGACUAAAUAUAAACGUAAAUUUUAUUGAAACAUCAUUAAAAAAAGCUUAAAAACUUUCAUUACAACAAUUUAAUUUUGAAUUAACAUGUUUAAUUGUUAUAUUUUAUCACAAUAUCAUUUACACAUUAUAUAUUGUAUUUUAUGGGAGUGCUCAUUUUUAUAUUAUUAGUUAUUAUUUUUUUAUACUUAUUAAAAUAAAUUAAUUUUGUGUAGGUAUUAAUUUUUGUUUUUAAAUAUAUUAAUUACAUUUAAUGCUUAUCCAUCUGUAGUAAAUAAGUGGACUUAUUAGUCAAUAAUGGUAAACAUAAAGAUAAUAGUUUAAGACAAAAGACUAUAUUAAAUUAAAUUAUAUUAAUUAGUCAUGUAUCAUAAUCCUAUACAAAUAAUAAAUAUUUUAUAUACAUCUAAAA